AUGCUACAGGCCUCUUCUUUGCGCGGCGCUUUGAGCGGCGCAGCACCCGAAGUUGACCUCCACACUAUCGUUAUUGAGACUGUUUUUGGCUGGGAGGCAUUCGACAGCAACAGCAGCAGCAGCAGCAGCUACUGCCCGGUGUUUGCUGCUCAUCCGGCACAUGCUGCAAGCAGCAGCAGUUCUGCAGAUUUGCUGCUGCUUGUCCUUGACGAGGCGCUUGACCGAGGCUCAGAGAUACGGAAGCGUUUUCGCUGUGGUCUGCAGGCGUUAAGGGAUGCGGCCUACGUCAGCAGCAGCAGCAACGGCAGCAGCAGCAGCGGCAGCAGCAGCAGCUUGUGCUCCAGCGACUGCAACUUGCUGCUGCUCUUAGCACUCCCUGGGGAGCCCCAAGUCGUCGCUCUGCUUCUCCGCUGGGCCUUUGAGCAGCGGCGAUUCCAGAGGGUAAAAUUGAUGGCGAGCGAACGGAUGGCGCUUUACUCGCAUCUGCCGGUGCUUCCAGGACUUUGCUCUCAACAAGGCGCGCUUGUUGUUGAUGUCGGGGAGAGUGGUUUCCGGGUGUCUCCACUUGAGGGUUUGUCUCUGUCUCCUGUCUCUUUUUGCUGCGCUUCAACGCGCAGCGGCGGCAGUCUGCUUUCGCAGCUGCUGCUGCUGCACCUCAGGAAGCAGCAACCUGCUGCUGCUGCUGCUGCACCUGCUUCUGCAGCUGCUGCUUCUGUUGCUGAUGCUGCGGAGGAGGAGGGGGAUGGUGAGCCUCAAGAAGACAGCCACGAGGUAGAGAAGCAAGAUGUGCAACAACAGCAGCAGCAGCAGCAACAACAACAGCAGCAUGAAGCAGCAGCAGCAGCAGCAGCAACAACAGCAGCAGCAGCGCAUGCACUUGGCGCUGGGGCAGGGCGUCUGGAUCCUGCCCUGGAUUUGCACCUCCACCGAAACCACCGGCAGCUGAAGCCACUGUUUACGUGCAGCGACGGAUCAGUCGUGCAGCCCUGGUCAGAGACAUUUUUAAUUCCGGAGGUUUUAUUUUCACCUCAGCUUCUUCCUGAUGCAAACUUGGCGGCGAUUGCGCCUGGCAUGGACCACAGCAGCAUCAGCGAAAUAGUGCUGCAGUGUUUUAGGAGGUCUUCUGUUUGUGAGAGAGAGGGCUGGCUUAAAAAUAUUUGUCUUGUUGGCGGCACCGCCCAGCUCCCUAACUUUGCACAAAGGUUGGAGAUGGAUUUGCUGCAGUCCUGGCGCGAAUCGGCUGGGGCGUAUUACAAUGUGAAGGACACCAUACAGGUGAAUGUGCUACCAUGCGAAGACCGCCAGUUGGCUGCAUUUCGGGGCGCCUUGCUCUUUGGGUUGGUUGCCCGUCAAGAGCCCGAGGCAUGGCUAAGCCGUCAGCUGUUUGAAAGGACAGAGCGGCUUGAAAAGACUGCAAGACAUAUGGCGCUUCAUGGUUAG